ACAUAUAUACAAUCCAACCUUUGAAAUUUAAAUCGUUUUAUCCUUAAUUAUAGCCAUCUCUUAACAUUAGCAAUCACUCGGUACCAACAACUCCAACUAAAUUCUCACACGCUCUCUCUCUUUCCUUCUAUCCUUCUCUCUCUUAUAGAAUAGCGAGGGUACAUAAAAUGUAAUAAGAGUAAGAACAAGUACAACCCUUUUCAUCCACCAAAAUUUAACCUAUAUAUAAAUAUCCAACAUCACCAUUUACCAAACAUUCAUCAUGCAUGUAUUACUCGUCAUCAAGAAUUCUUACUCUUCUCUCUGACAAAGAACAGAGAGUAAGUAAGAAUGGUACAUACGAAGAAGUUCAGAGGUGUCAGGCAACGCCAUUGGGGUUCUUGGGUCGCUGAGAUUCGUCAUCCUCUCUUGAAAAGGAGAAUUUGGCUGGGGACGUUUGAGACUGCGGAGGAGGCAGCAAGAGCCUACGACGAGGCCGCUGUUUUAAUGAGUGGCCGCAACGCCAAGACCAACUUCCCCGUCAACAACAACAACACCGGAGACACGUCUGAGAGUAAAACCAACGUUUCAGCCUCUGCAUCCUCAUCCUUAUCUUCACCAUCUUCAUCCCUCUCUUCCAUCCUCAGCGCCAAACUGAGGAAAUGCUGCAAGUCUCCUUCGCCAUCUCUCACCUGCCUCCGUCUUGACCCGAACAGCUCCGACAUUGGUGUUUGGCAGAAACGCGCCGGUUCCAAUUCUGAUUCUAGUUGGGUCAUGACGGUGGAGCUUGGCCCCACCGGCUCUUCCCAGGAGCCUACUGGAAAAGCUUCACUAGACAAUCUUGGUCUGGCCACUGAGGUUGGCGGCGGCAGAGAAGAAGGAACAAUGGACGAGGAAGAGAAGGUUGCUUUGCAAAUGAUAGAGGAGCUUCUCAAUACAAACUAAAUAAUAUUUGCUUAUAUAUACUAUAAACCUAUAUUAUAUCGCUGAUUUACAGCCAUAAUUACAAAUUAUACCCUAAUAUUUAUAUAGAGUGUUUAUAUUUAGGGAAAAUUUGGAAAAAUACACUCCAAUAAGAUUAUAAUUUGAAAACUACACCUUCCUUUUUAAUUUUUUGAAAAAUACACUUAUAUAUACAUAAAUGUACCAAA